AUGUCGUGUGAGGAAUUGGCUGAAGCGGAACCUCAACAGACAACCUCAACUAAUAAGGAGUCGCGAGAAAAUACUCCUAUAUCUUCUACUGCCCCCAAAAAAUCCGCGUCUCAUCCUAACCUUCAAGCUCAACAAUUACAAAACGAACAGAACUCGAGUGCUGAAUCUAGUCAAGAAAUAAAAAUGAAUUUAAGUCGAAGGCAACAAAAAGAUAAAAAUGAUAAAGACAUUUUAAAGUCUAACAAUGCUUGUCAAAGCGUGUCAGACAAAGACAUUAUCAAUAAUAACAAUUCGACUAGUAACAGCAACACAUUAAUUAAUUCUGAUGGUAUAGAUGAAAAUUCAAAUGGUUCAUUUAAUCAUAAUAUAAGUGUUGAUGAUAUUGAUCAUGAUUCAUUACAAGAAAAUGGUAUUUCAAUUCCUCGGAGACAAAGCAUGAAUGAUAAUUCUCAAAGAUCGUUGAAAUCCUAUUCUAUGCAUCAACGUCACAAUUCGACUCCAAGUAGUUCUUCAGUUAACAUUACCACUACGAAUGCCAAAAUGCCCCAAUUACCAUAUCCGAAUAUGAAUCCAAAUGCUCCUUUUAUGCCCGCUCAGUCCCAAUACUUUACUCCUCCAUUUUUUCCAAACAAUGGACAAUACUUUUAUGACAACAGAUUUGGGAGGCCGCCUCCUCAAAUGCCUCCUUCAGUACAACAAACAUUUGUUAGAUCAAAUGUUUACCCUUAUCCCCAAAUACCUGUUAUUCCUUCAAUGCCUCCUCAACCUUAUCAUAAUCCUUCCCCUCUAAUUCCUCAUCAGUCUCUUCCCUCAAGAUACCUUAAUCCUUCUAGUGCAACCGGGGGUGAUUCUGGUUUUUCUUCUCGUAGAAGUUCUUUGGAUCAAAUUAGAACUCCGGAUUUUAGUCCCCAACAUCCUCCCAGGAUAAAUCAGCAAAAAAAACCUAAACAAUUGGAUAAAGCCCUUUGGGUUGGAAAUUUACCUGAUUCGACCACUCAAGAUGAAUUAAAAGAAUUUUUCGCAGAUGAGAACAUGGAGAGCGUAUUCCAUAUUAAGAAGUCUAAUUGUGCCUUUGUGAAUUAUAAAACAUAUGAAGCUGUUAUGGAAGCUGUAGAUAAAUACAAUGAAGCUGAGUUUAAGGACAUUAAAUUGGUUUGUCGUCCAAGGAAGCAAACUUCCGCUGAUUUAAAAUUGAAAACCGAAUCCUUGUCUGCACUUGUUUCGGAAAGCACUCCUCCUCCUACGCCUUCAGAGGCUGGCUCAACGGCGUCAUCUUCCACUAGAUCUCGCCGUUCAUCCGUACCACCACGUCAACGAAUUCGACAACCGUCUAUUGCUUCCGUGUCUCCGGCUUCUUCUGUUUCUUCCUCAAAACCCUCUUCACAAAAUAGGUAUUUCAUUCUCAAAUCAUUGACUCAAGAUGAUCUUGACAUUUCUGUUAAAAGUGGCCUUUGGGCAACGCAGCCUCAUAAUGAAGCAGCUUUGAAUAAGGCGUUUAAGAGUGCCGAGAACGUAUACCUAAUAUUUAGUGCCAAUAAGAGCGGUGAAUUUUAUGGUUAUGCAAAAAUGAAGAGUCAGAUUAGUAAAGAGAUGACGACCGAGACAGUACAAUGGACUCCGAUUGACGAAGCUGCUUUAGCUGCUUCUUCUUCACGUCCUUCACCUAAUCAAGAUGAAAAGUCACGAAAAAAAUCUCAAGAAGAAGAGAAUGAAGAUUUGGAAGAUGACGCUAUUCCAUCUAGGAAUUGGGGGACAACCUUUAGAGUAGAAUGGAUUAAAGUUCAAAAGCUUCCUUUUAUUCGUACGCGUCAUCUUCGUAAUCCAUGGAACGCAAAUCGCGAAGUUAAAAUCAGUCGCGAUGGUACCGAAGUUGAACCAGUUGUUGGAGACCGAUUACUUACCGAGUUCCAUAAACCAACUCCAACUAUCCCCGUAUCAUAUUCAACUAUAUCUGGCCCUUUAUUAACUCAGCCAUUGAAUAUUGAUGGUCAAGGUGUGGUUGUCGAAGGACAGGAUAGAAUGUUGACUUCUCAUAAUGGUGCGCAAACUCAACUACCGCCAAUGAUGGAUCCCAAUUUUAUGCAAAACGCUCAACCUGCCUUUUUCACUCAUCCUCAAGGGUAUUGGCACCCACAACCUCUUAUAAUAUCUCCAUAUGGAGCACCUGCUCAUCCGGGUUAUGUUCCAAGUCAACAAACUUGGACGACUACUACAGCUAAAGAUUCAUCUGUUGGUAUUACUCGUGCACAACCGACUCAACCUUCAACAGGUGUAACUGGUUCUGCCGCGAUGACACCGAUAAUGCCUUUAGAUCAACAAUACGUGGAGGUAAUAUGGGUAAAUAUGGCCACAAGAGUAGAACCUGGAAUUCCACAGCAUCAUCCUUCACAUUACCAGUCCUCUGCUCAUCACCUUUAUCAAUCUCCCGCUGCUGGUACAGGAGUUCAUUACCAGCAAGCACCACCACAGCAAUACUAUAGAUCUUCAGAUGAUAAUAAUCAUAUAGAUGGUCAUAUGUCAUAUCAAGUAUCAUCGCAGCAGCAACAGGAUCAAAAUAUGGGCAGUGAUCAAGAAAAUGAAUCCCAUAUGAUGUCUUCUUUUCUCAUGGAAGAGCAAAGACAAAGUUUUGAAGCUAGUGGUAGUGCAUAG